AUGACCUCACCGGAAUCUGAAAUCAACGCCGCCCUUCACGACCUCGACCGAACGCCGUUCGAACAUUUUCUCCUGGUGCCAAAGUGUACUUACAAUCCAGACAUUGCUGUUUCAAUUUGGAACCAAGAUUUUGUGCCGAUGGCUAUUAUGCUUGUAUAUGCAUUAAUUAGUGCAAAUAGUUAUUUGCAACUAGCAUCUCACAUACAGGAUCCUUCGCAAUAUUGGAAGUUAGAUGACACUAUCAUCAAGACCACCGAGACAGCACCUGGCAAGAACUCAAGGAAGCUAGGGACUCUAUCAUUCGCAUACGCAAAUGAGAUUUAUGCCAGAAUGCAUAUAUAA